CCUACUAAAACAAACCCACAUAACCAAAUUUCACAAUCACACAUGAUGUCUCCUGGCAAUCAAGCAAGCAAAGGAGACAACCAGAGCUCCCGCGGUACCCGUAAAACGGCUAAUUCAUCAACAAGGCCACCAGAUCAACAACAAGCCCUCAAGUGUCCAAGAUGCGACUCACCCAACACUAAAUUCUGCUACUACAACAAUUACAGUCUCUCACAAGCUAGACACUUCUGCAAGACAUGUAGAAGGUACUGGACUAAAGGAGGAGCCUUGCGGAACGUUCCGAUUGGCGGUGGCAGCCGGAAGAACAAGAAAGUGAAGUCGUCAUCUUUUUCAUCUACCUCAAGGCUUUCAAUAUCAGGUGACUCAAGUGGGUCAUCAGAGCUUAAUACUGGUGGUGGAUUGAGGUUCUUCCAUGGUCUCUCCCCAGCUCUGGAUUUUCAUCUUGGUGGGUUUUCAUCAUCAUUUCCUAGGGUUAAUAUAUCAUCUCCUUCUGUCACUCCUGUUGAUCCUUCUGGAAGUUCAUUGUUGGGUACUACUUUCAAUUACCAUCCACCGACUAACAAUGUUCACAAUAGUAACAAUAUUGCAUCUUCAAUUGAGUCCUUUAGUUGUAUAAAUCAAGAUUUGCACUGGAAGUUGCAACAGCAGUAUCGAUGCAAAAAUCUGCACGAUCCACAUGUUAGUAGUUGGGGUCCAAGUUGUGACAUAGAUGGCGAAUUUCUUACCUGCAAGAACAAAGAGAGGACGGCCCUUCGUGACAAUAUUGCAUCUUCAGUUGAGUCAUUGAGUUGUAUAAACCCAGAUUUGCACUGGAAGUUGCAAGAGCAGAGAUUGCAGUCCAUGCUGAGCAGCAGCUCCACCUCAGCUCCUCCAGUGGAGAACCAGGUCCAGAAGCCACAACCCAUUUUGUUUCAGAAUCUGGAGAUCUCAAAACCAGAUGAUGAUCCUGUAGAUCAGGUUGAUGGGAAUUCAAGAAGAGAUCAUCAUGGAGCUGAUAAAACAACAACUGAGUGGUUCUUUGGUAAUUCUUAUGCACCAGUUAAUACUAAUAACACUAGUACAGGCGUCUGGGAUGGUGUUCAAGGUUGGAGUGACUUUAAUCAAUACACUUCUUUGCCCUAAAAUAUAUAUGAUCAGAAUCAUCUUCUUCAAAAGAGGUAGGUAGCCAUACCCCUUAAAUAGGAUAAUUAGGAAGAAAAAAAAGUAUGUUGUAUUAAUUGUUUA